AAACAAAGAAAAAAACAAACAAAUGGGAGUCUCAGAACAUUUUUUUUAUUAUUAGGCCCCCAUCCUGCCUAUCUUUUAAAGGUUUUCAGGGAUAAUGGCUUUAUUAGAAGAAAACGAAACUGAGGACCAGGAAGUUGGAUCAAAGGAUGGAGUCGUAGAUGCCUGGUAUGAAGGAAUUAAAAUUGGGGAGGUUGGGAAAGGGGUUUCACAUGGGUGUAGUUUGUAUGUUUUUAAUUUUGCUUAAUCUUUUUUUUCUUCCUCUUAGCAUUUUCAAUAAAACACUUUGAAACAAGGACAUUUAGUUUGUCUUUAUUUCCAACAUAAGCCCAAGCACGAAUUCUUUACCAUUAAUAAAAUAAACCUGUUUGAUCUCCCUCAUUACAUUUACGUUUGUAACCAAACCAACUAAGGAUAACCAUGGAGUUAGGAAACAAAGGCAGAGCAGCAGCUGUGGACAUGAAACUCCACCACAGCAGCCUGCCCGUGUUCAUUAUUCAAAGCUCUCGUGUCCCUCAGCUGUGACGGUGACUGAUGAAAGGGCCUUUUACGCACAGCCGAGUGAUGCCUGCCGUGCGCCGUGGUCUCGUUUCCUUUUAGCCCACAGUCGGUGGUGUAUACCGUGAAUGAUGCAUUGUGGGAUGAAAUAAGAUGCCGGCAGACAGGAGCUGGAGAAAAACGCUUGCAACACACGGGGAAGCUGCUGCCCAGCCAAUGGCAGGGUUCAGCAUACAGCAGAGGGGCGGGGAGCUGCUGGAGCACAGCGGAGAGCCAACCUACCUACAUGCUUAUUGUGUAAAUCUUUAAAAAGCAAUUACCCGCAGCAUCAUCCUAACCUUAACCACCGGCUGGGUGAAAUAGGCUACUUAUUUUUGGAAAGGAGUGUUUUCAGGUGGCUCGAGAAAAGGCAUCCUCAACCAUGACUGACAGGAAAGCUGUGAUCAAGAACGCAGACAUGUCCGAGGACAUGCAGCAGGACGCGGUGGACUGUGCCACCCAGGCCAUGGAGAAGUACAACAUAGAGAAGGACAUUGCAGCCUACAUCAAGAAGGAGUUUGACAAGAAGUACAACCCCACUUGGCACUGCAUUGUCGGGAGGAACUUCGGCAGCUACGUCACCCACGAGACAAAGCAUUUCAUUUACUUUUAUCUGGGCCAGGUGGCCAUCUUGCUCUUCAAGUCAGGCUGAGAAGUUUCUGAUGGGUAUUGAGGAGUUUUUCUCCCUGAACCUAAAUCGGAAAUGCACUGGUGGCUGAUGUCUCCCAUACACUAAUAACGACAUACCAUAACGAUGCAAAACCGGCCAUGCGCAAUUGCAUGGACUAUACACUAUUUAAUAUGUAUGUUACAGUAAGUUUACUUUUUGAUAGUUGCCAUUUGAAUGCAACGGAAGUAGUUUUUGUUGAUGCUGUUAAAUUCUAGGUUGUAAAAGAUUUCAAUGUGGCCCUUGAUUGUACGUGAAAGGAAAGCUGUAGAAUGUAGUGGUGCAUCCGCUUUCCUUCUCAAGUGGCAUUGCCAGACCCCGUUACGAGACAAUGUUGAUUUUGGUGGUAAAACCAUCCCGCGUGCACCGGUUUAGCAAAUCAUCGUCCACAUUAACCUGUGAUCAUAUAAAGAAAACAAAUAAUGGGGUUUGUUAUCUCUGCUGCCAAUUUCCAAGGAAUUAUGUUGCUUGAAGAUGCACGCCAUUCAGUAUCUCCACUGUUUUCAAUUGGGAUUUAAGACAGACCCACAGCAGAAGUGAAAUUAUUGCAGCCGUGUUCAGAAAAGAUGUCACAUUUUGGACCCAACACAAGUCAGUGCAAUCAUUUGCAGGGAUUUUCAGUUCGACCACUCUUAAAUUUUCACUGUGAAGAACGAUGGGGGCCGAUAAGCCUCCCAUACACAGACCUUAACCUGUAAUGUACGACUUGUAACACUAGAGACUGGCUACCCAAAUUUCCCAUCUCAACUACUCGGACUCGAGUCUUAUAAUCCUGUGUUCCUGCAUGUUUUACCACAGAUUAUUUAAACGUUAUAUAGGAGACAAACAGAAGCUCUUCUUGGACACUUUUGUGUGUUUUAUUAUUAUUUUUGUUAAACCUUUGAGUUUGUGAAUAAUGGCCUGGGCUAAGUGUGUCUUGUCCCAGUAAUUGCUAUAAAGCAGCAUUAGGACAAUGUUUAGAUGAAGCAUCUGCAGCCGACUCCACCAAGGCUACCAACGCCCAUGUGUUUCAGGUUGUGACGUCUUUUGUGGCUACCUUUUUAAGUUGCAUCCCCCCCACAAUGCCUUUAGUUCUGCAUUGCCAGUGUACUGCCAGACAUGAGGUAAGGACAAAGCAUUCAGAGUUGGGACUUUUCAAAGCAACAAGAAGCAGGCUUCCUCUUGUCUAUCUCAGAUUUUUGGCUUUUCGUUUUGUAAUGUCUGCAUAACUAGUUUGAAAUGGCGAUGCACAGUGUUUGCGUUCUGAUUAAAUAUGUUGUCUGUGAGGACAGAUUUGAGGGUUUUCGUGCACAGAGCCAGAUGACAGAUAAAGGCCGAAUGUUUCUCAGAUGUUCCCUCCUUUAUGUGAGCUACGGGUGAAAUGUGUAUCUCAAGUGUUAGCUUGGUUUGACAUUGUUUCUCUCUAAGUUUUUUUUUUCUUUCUUUUUUGAGGGACGUCUUCCUAACUAUUGUCAAUGUAAACUGAUUUAGUAUUGUUUUCCUCUGGCAUGUAUUUUUGCUGUGUAUAUGUAGGAGCCGUUCCAAUGCUGUUAAAUUUGCACAAAACGUGUGCCUGUCAUUGCUCUCAAAUGUAACUGGCUUGAGUACAAUUGCACUUCAUCAGAAAUAAAUACAGUAGGUUGCUACAGAACCAAAACCAUGUAACUCGAUAAAAUAAAAUGUUGACUUAUUA